AUGGCUAAAACACUUACAGACCAGGUCGCCGUUGACCAAGUAAGUGACGGUGAGUAUGUCUCGAGACGGAAUCCCGUCCGAAUGGGUAACGCUGCGCCCAUCGCCUACGGAGGCUGCACAGCGGGCGUAGCUGUCAACGCUGCAUGCCAUACAGCACCUCCUACAAUGUCACUCUACUCGGUUCUCGGACACUUCCAUGGUCCUGCCUCGACAGAAAAGAAACUGUACUGCAGCGUCACCAACAUCAGAGAUACAAGGACGUUCGCGACGCGCAGAGUACAGGUCAAGCAACAGCAGGCUAAUGGCGAGUUUCGCGUCUGCAUGGAGGUCUUGGCGGAUUUCCACGUUAAUGAGACGUCCGACUUUGAGUAUUCUGAGGCGACAUGCUCAAAGUGGCCGAGGGCGGAGGAUUGUCCAGACUUGGAGACACUUAUUAAAGACCUUUCAGACAAGGGUAACAUCACUGGGGAUCAAGGCAAGAUUGUCGCCGAGACCUUCGCUGCAAACGCCGACUUUUUCGAGACGAGAUACUGCACAGAUGGUGUCUCAGCCCAGAACCUUACAGGCGUCGCCAAAACCACCGUCACAACACAGGACGACCGCUCAAUCACCGAAAAGGUCUCCGCGGAAUGGCAACGUGCUCGCGAACCACUCAACACGUACAUCGACAAUAUGAGCGUGCUAGCAUUCUUAAUGGACGGCGCCCUUUCGUUUUUACCGCUUACGCAUAACCACAUGUGGUUUGACGACACGACCGCCUGUUCCACGCUGGACUUUGCGCUACGCAUUUUUGUGCCGGAGAUUAAGAUGAAUGAGUGGUAUCUUAGGGAGCGCAAGACGUCGAGGGGUGGUGGGAACAGAACUUAUGCGGAGGGGAAGUUAUUUGAUAAGCAUGGCAAUUUGAUCGCGUCGAAUACGCAACAGUCUAUUAUGAGAUUGAGGAAGGGUGUUGUUGUACCAAAGCUAUAA